CCAAAUUCUUAAAAGCCUAAACGUAACCAAUACAACAACUUACUCUUAGUCCUUGCACUUUGCUCACUACAAAUAUCGAAUAUUAUCGACUAUUACAAAAGUAACGACUAUCGCAAGAAAAUCAGUAGUUUCUUGGUGAUGAACAAUAACUCAAUUUCGUGCUCUUCAGAUUCCAACGUGGCUAAUGUGGAGAGAGAUCACUUGCAAGAAACAUCAUCAUCAUCAGGUCAAGAUGAAGGAGCAUUCCUAUUAGCUUCAAGCCGACCCAAGAAACGUGCAGGAAGGAAGAAGUUCAAGGAAACUCGUCACCCGAUUUAUAGGGGAGUGAGGAGAAGGAACAAUAACAAGUGGGUUUGCGAGGUACGUGAGCCUAGUCAACAAAAAAGAAUAUGGCUAGGAACAUACCCUACUCCAGAAAUGGCAGCUCGAGCUCAUGAUGUUGCCGCAUUAGCACUUAGAGGUAAUCUAGCCACUUUGAAUUUCGCUGACUCUCGUUGGCGGUUGCCAGUGAUAGUAUCAAAGGACCCCAAAGACUUACGCCAGGCGGCAGUUAAAGCUGCACAAGCUUUUUCUCAAGAUCCUGAACUAGUUGAAGUCGACUAUAUGAAUGAGAAAGUUAAUUCCAGUACUGAAGAAGUAAAGUACCAAGAGGUUGUUGUUGGCGGGGCUAAUGGACGUAGUAGUGAUUUUGUGGCUAAGGAAUUGAAUAUAGAUAUGGAGAACAUUUUAUGUUGUAAUUGGGGUGAAAAUAAUGAGAUGUUGGAGAUGGAAGGAUGGCGAGAAAAGAUGUCGGAGGGGCUUUUGUUUUCUCCAACUCCGCGUUUAGGCAGUUGUUUCAGUUGGGAUGAUGUGGAAAGUGAAGUUGAAGUGUCAUUGUGGAGUUAUAGUUUUUGAUACUAAUAUAGGAAUAAUUGGAUUUUGAUUCACUAGCUAGUUAGUUACAAGCUAGGAGUAGCAUCUUUAUAUUUUUAUAUGAAAAAAAAAAAGUUAAAGGGAAAAAAGAAGGGGGAAAUACUCAACAAGAUUGAUGUUAAAGUGUCCACAAUAAAACUAUUUUUUUAUUGCAAAUAGAUUCAUGUUAUUAUUUUUAAAACCAUUCAAUAAGGACAUACCUCCUCGAAUUUCUUUUG